UAAAUUUUUAAACAGAGCACCUAUGAGAGUGAUUAUCAACAAAAUGAUCAUAAGAAUUUGGAUAAAUUCUUUUACUUUGACUGCCUGAAAAGUGAAAAGUAUUGUUUUAAUCAUAAGUCGUUAUAAUCUUUGAGCUUUCUGCAUAUGAAUUUCAUUAACGGUCCUUGUGGUUAUUUCAACAUGAUCGUUAUUACGUCACGUUCUUCUUCAAUCCCUAUCGUUUUUAGACGUCAGUUAUCAGCUCUGACAACACUUCCUCUAACUCUAAGCCAAACCAACAAAAAUGGCCAAAAACACGAUCCACCUUCGAAAAUCAACUCACCUCCUCCUCUGGGUAGACUCAGAGCUUCAGUGGUGAGUCCCGAGUCAACCCAUUUUGUCGAUUCGUACUUAACCCAUAGUUUCUUUUCUGACGAGUUAAAAAUCUCUGCAAAAAAUGGUUUUCUUUCUAGAGGAAGACAACUACAUGCACAUAUAGUAAAGUUAGGAUACUAUAAUGUAUUAGCAUUGCAAAACCAACUCUUACAUGUAUAUGUCAAAUGCAAGGUGUAUUACGACGCUUGCAGGCUGUUUGAUGAAAUGCUUGUUAGAAAUGUUGUAACUUGGAAUACUUUGAUAUGCGGUGCAGCGCACUGUGGCCGGAGUUUUAAAUCAAAUCUCAAUCUGGGUUUUUGCUAUUUUAAGAGAAUGCUUUCGGAAAUGGUGGGUCCUGAUUGCGUUACAUUUACAAGUUUGCUUCAUACGUGCAUUGAAUUAUAUGAUAUUGAAAUUGGUAGACAAGUGCAUUGUUUUAUAAUGAAAUUUGGGCUGUGUAGGGAUUGUUUCGUAAGCAGUGCUCUCGUUGAUUUAUACGCUAAAUUUGGUUUGGUUGGAGAUGCAAGAAGAAUUUUUGAUAAUAUUUUGGAUAGAGAUUUGGUUUCGUGGAAUGUGAUGGUGUAUUGCUAUGCUUUGAAUUGUUUGGUAAGAGAUGCUUUUGGGCUCUUCAAUUUGAUGCGGUUAGAGGGUAUAAAGGAGGAUGAUUUUACAUGUACUAAUUUGCUCAAUUCUGCUGCUAUUUAUGGAUCUUGUGAAUUGGGUAGGCAGAUUCAUGGCCUUGUCAUCAAACUGUCAUUUGAUUUGGAUGUUGCAGUGAGUAGUGCGCUUGUUGAUAUGUAUGCGAAGAAUGAACUUAUAGUUGAUGCUCGCAAGACUUUUGAUGGGAUGCUUUCUAGAAAUGUUAUCUCUUGGACCACCAUGAUUGUGGGGUAUGGACGAGUUGGUGAUGGAAAGGAGGCUAUUAAACUUAUUAGGGAGAUGUUUCGGGGAGAUACUGGUCCAGAUGAACUAACUCUGGCUAGCGUCCUUAGAUCAUGUGGCAAUUCAUCCUCCAUUACUGAAAUUUCACAAGUCCAUGCCUAUGCAAUGAAAGAUGGAUUUGAUGCCAUUUUAUCAACUGCAAAUUCCCUAAUAAAUGCAUAUUCUAAGAGUGGUAAUAUUACUAUGGCACUCGAUUGUUUUAGCUCCAUUGCAAAUCCAGAUCUUGUCUCAUGGACUUCAAUGAUUGGAGCCUAUGCAUUCAAUGGCCUUUCAAUUGAAGGUAUUGAACUCUUUGAGAGGAUGCUAGCAUAUAACAUGAUGCCAGAUCCAGUUGCCUUUCUUGGUGUUCUUUCUGCCUGUAGUCAUGGGGGGCUGGUAUACGAGGGCCUUCAUUACUUUAGUUUGAUGACCAAAAUUUAUCACAUCACACCAACUAUAGAACACUAUACUUGUCUCAUUGACCUCCUUGGUCGUGCUGGUCUUCUUGAUGAGGCUUUCAAUCUUCUGACAUCAAUGCCAGUGGAACCUGGACCAGAUGUCCUGGGAGCAUUCAUUGGGGCAUGUAAAGUCCAUGGAAAUGCUGGAUUAGCAAAAUGGGCAGCUGAAAAGCUUUUUGCAUUAGAGCCAAGCAACCCUGUGAACUAUACUCUCAUGUCUAAUAUAUAUGCUUCUGAAGGGUGUUGGCUUGAUGUGGCAAGGAUUCGCAAAAUGAUGCGGGACAGGUGCAUAUAUAAAGUUCCAGGUUGUAGCUGGACGGAGAUUGCUGGCGAGGUUCAUACAUUUGUCUCGAGUGAUAAAUCCCACCCGAGAGCUUCAGAGGUGUAUGCUUUGUCAGAACUGCUUGUUAGGUCGAUGGAGGAGGAAGACUAUGUGCCCAACGAAGACUUUACGUUUGACCAUGUUUAGAAUGAAUAUGCACUUGAUUUUCCCAGCUGAUCUGGUGCUUUUUUUUGAUGAUAAGCACUCUUUGUUAUGAUUCUUUGGCGUAAAAUUUGUCUGCUACUCACUCUGAGGUCCGAAUUACCCGUGACAAAUUUAUUAACUUGUCAUACAUACUAAUGGAUUUCCAUAGCAAACGGCUUUGAUUCAAGGACAAUCAAGAGGCAAUUUCCAACCAUCAAUUGCUACAUUUGUCCACGAUCCAACUGCUAUGAGAUUAGGUUAGUUGGAUCUUCCACCCAUUUCCUUUGAAAUGGAGGUUGCAUAUUUUUGAAUGGUUGGUCACAUUAUUGGGUCCAUGGUGUCUUAUCUAGAGUGAGUUUUCGCCAAUGGUACAAGUUUUUGGCUAACACAUCUGGUGACCAAUUAUCUGCUUCUCUUGCCAACCAUAUGGGUCACGUUUUGAAGUACUUGGCAAGUAUUCCCACUCAACCUACUGUGAUUUUGACAUGGUUAAAUUGAGACCAUUGAUCUAACAUUGUUCCUAGUACAUGCUAAAGGAUAGAUUUGCUGCCCAUGAUCAGUCUUUGGUUUAGUUAGUUGAACCUUAAUUAUAGCAACACCGAUGUUCUGGUUAGUGUGUGUCCUCUUGGGUAUUGGAUGGAGGAAUAAGCAAGUGGUUGACUUUGACAAAUACGAAACUUUGUGUUUAUGUUUGAUGAAGAAAAUGACGAGUAGGAUAUUUUCAAUUGAGAGUAAAAAUUGGGAUGAAUCUAAGCCUUUAAAUCAAUUUAAGACUCAGAGGCUCCAAUUUUUAGUUAAAAGCAAGUGGGACCCUUUUAUGAUUUUGAAAGGACGAGUAUGAGUCCUGUUGUAUUUUGAGUGACAUGAGUUGUUUUAAAAUGUACAUAUGACAAGUACACUUCUCCACCACAAGUGAAUAUUAUUGACUCUUGCAAUCUUAGGUGUGCACAUUAAAUAGUUAUGGAGUAUUUAAUCCAAACAAAAAUUUGGUCACGGUAGGAACAAGUCCGUGUUAUAGAGGUAAGUUCAUUUGUAAACAAGAAGAAUUCUAACUGGUAUAAUCUUAUUUAAAUAAGUUAAAUAGGUAAGUCAUAAAUGCUUAUGACAUAAUGAUUACAUCAGCACAUAUUUAUUUAAUAUUAGGCGAAUUUAUUAGUCUAUUGAAUUCUCUAUUAUUAUUAUAGUUAAAUUUUUUUGAUAAUUGGACUCUCUAUCAUGACUUAAGAGCAUCAAAUUUAAGUAGCAUCUGUAUAAAACUCAUGGCUAUAUUUGAAUUUGAAGGUUAAGAUUCAAAAGAGCAUGCAUGCAUUGUUUUGUACUGGAAAAAUGAGGUAAAAUGUAUAAGAAACUUGGUUGACUCACUAGUUCAAACUACCUAAAGAGUCUUCAUCAUUUCCAUGUCACCAAACAAGUUUUCUUUUCAAUUAUCUCGUCAUUUAUUUUAAAAAUACUUGGACAUUUUUUUUUUU